AUGUGGAGCCGGACACGGAGUGCGUGGCGCCCGGGGCGGUGGCUGAGCGUGCGGUAUGUGCGGUCGGCCCCGCCGCAUCGGAGUGGGCCGACGGCAGCGUCGCACAAGUCGACGCUGCGUGUGAUGCUGGAGCGUGGCGGGCUGCUGCCGGCGACGUCGGCGCCGUUCGACUUUGUGUCGCGCCAGGCGCGUAUGCCGUCGGCGUACACGUUUCGGCGCACGCGGCUGCCGGUGUCGAAGGCCAAGGCGCUCGCGCAGGAGAGUCGCGCGUUGCGGGAGCAGGUCGCGUCCGACUCGGCGCCGCCGUGGACGGAGGCCGAGCCGCGUCCGACGCUGCCGCUCACAUCGACGCAUGUGACGUCGGGCGAGCUGCCGGAAGUCGCGGCGUUCGCGACCGCGCAGUCGUAUAACUUUGACGUGCUGCUGAGUAGCGGGCGGCUCCCGCUGAACUGGAUCUGGCUCGAGGACCGCGAAGUGAUCUACAUCCCGUCGUGGCCGGCGCCGUACACAUCGAGCGGCAGCGUGUUCCUAUUCCGCUCCGGGUGCUACGUGACGUGGGGCAUGUCGAGCGAGCAGAACACGGCGUUCUACCGCGACGUGAUCGCCGGCGGCGACGUCCCCGUCGAGGAGGCCCGGCACGAGGCGGUCGGCGACGAGGCGAUGGAGUACGUCCACAUCCCCACCGAGGCGACGCGCGUCGUCGGCGACCUGAUCGUGCUCGGCCAGCGCCGCGACGACAAGGAGCAGCGCCCAUCGCGCGCGUCGUCCGCCGUGCCGUCGCUCACCCUGCAGGCCCGACUCGCCUUCUCGCAAGGCCUCGCCGCCUCUGCGCGCCUGUCAGUCGAAGAGUCGCUCCUGCAGCACUACCUCGAGAGCGUCGCGCCAAUCCCCGCGCGUCUCGAGGCGAGCGGCAAAGUGCCCGUGCCCCGCAAGGACGUCAUCCGCAAACUCGGCACCCUCCUACACAUCCGCCAGCGCCUCAACCUCGGCCGCGACAACUUUAUCGACGACCCCGAACUGUACUGGGAAAACAGCCACAUGGAAACGCUGUACCGCAGCAUCUGCUCGGCCCUCGACAUGAAGCCACGCACCGAGGCACUCAACGCCAAGCUGAACCACUGCGAGCACCUCCUCGAAGUACUGCGCGCCCUCCUCACCGAGCAGUCCAGUCACCACAUGGAGCUCAUCAUCAUCUACCUCAUCGCCUUCGAGGUCGGCAUGGCCCUCGUCACGCACGAGUAUCUGCCCACGCCGCUCGCCGUGUGGCGCCUCAUAGUUGCUGAGUAA